CCGGAGCGCGGGUGCGGCCAGGGCGGGAGGGAGUCGGGGCGGGCUUGGCUUCGCCUUCUGGCUCACAACGGCCCGACUGAGAGGCCCGGCUCUCCCGACCCGCCUCCGCCGCCUGGGCACGGCGCCCGCCUUCUGCCUUCCUUUCUGAUUCCCGUGCUCCUCCUCCUCCUGGCCCCUUCUCUCUCGGGGGUCUCUCCUUCGCCUCUCCUCACCUGCCUUGUCUCCUUGCUCCCGCCCUCCUUGUCCCCUCCCUCUUCCUGGCCUCCAUCCCCUCUUGCCCUACUCUUCCCUUUCUCUCAUGGUCCCCUUUCCCCUCUCUUUACUUCAUUCCAUCUCCUCCUGGCCUUCAGUCCCUUAUCCGUUUCCUCGCCUCCCCUUCCCUCUGUCUGUCUCCUUGCUCCCUCCCUCCCUCCUCCUGGCCUCUUUCCCCCUGAUCCCCUUCCGCUCCCCUCCUUCUUGUCCUUCUCUUCCUCUUCCCCCUGCUUCAUCUUUCUCCCAUCACCUCCGUUUCUCUUCCCCAAUGUCUUUCAUUUAACUGCUUUCCCUUGAUCACAGAGGCCCUCUUCUGUUCCUGGAAGCACCUCUCCACCCUCGCCUGGCUUUCCCACACCCCUUUGCCCUCACUUUGGAUGCUCUACUCACACUCCAUGUGGACGUGGCAAAGCAUCUUUUUUUUUUUUUUUCUUCUUACACAUUAUUUUGGGAAUAGGAGACUGUAACAGAGCCAGGCCCUUCAUGCCUUUUCUGGCUGGGCCUCAGGCCGCCUCUCUGUAAAGUGAGAAGAUUGGAUAAAAUGUGCUCCAGAAGUCCCAGCCCUGACGUUCUAGAAUUUUGAGAUCAUUUCUAUUGUUCAAACAUCCCCCACCGCCGAUCUAGUGAUAAUGAAGAGAAGAGGUGAAGGGGAGUUUAGCAGCCCCCAGAAGAAGCAGAAGAAAAGAGCCGCUGAGCUGGGCUUGACCCUCAGUUCUACAUCUGAUGAGGAAGCCCCUCCUUUUGGCAAUCAUGGCCCACAAGAGUCUUCCACAAGUCUAAGUGGAUCUGACAGUGAGAAUGAGGAGAAAAGAUCUGUGUCUAGCUCCUUCAGCAAUGACUUCAAAGCUGACUCCCUUGUGGAGGGUACUUCCUCCCGUUAUUCCAUGUACAACAGUGUUUCCCAAAAGAUGAUGGCAAAGAUGGGCUUCCGAGAAGGUGAAGGUCUGGGCAAACACAGUCAGGGUCGAAAAGACAUUGUUGAAGCCUCUAAUCAGAAAGGCCGAAGAGGCUUAGGGCUGACACUAAAGGGUUUUGACCAAGAACUCAAUGUGGACUGGAGAGAUGAGCCAGAGCCAAGUAUCUGUGAACAGGUGUCAUGGUUCCCAGAAUGCACCACUGAAAUUCCUGAUACCCAGGAGAUGUGUGAGUGGAUGACUGUGGGAAAGAGGAAGAUGAUAAUUGAAGAUGAAACUGAGUUUUGUGGGGAAGAACUUCUACACAAUGUCCUGAAGUGCAAGACUGUGUUUGAUGACUUGGAUGGAGAGGAGAUGCGUCGAGCCCGGACCAGGUCCAAUCCCUAUGAAAUGAUCCGGGGAGUCUUCUUCCUAAACAGAGCAGCAAUGAAAAUGGCCAAUAUUGACUUUGUAUUUGAUCGUAUGUUUACGAAUCCAAAAGACUCUUCAGGGAACUCCCUGUUGAAGGACCGGAGUCCAGAGCUUCUGUACUUUGCUGAUGUGUGUGCAGGCCCUGGAGGCUUCUCUGAAUAUGUGCUUUGGAGGAAAAAGUGGCACGCAAAGGGCUUUGGAAUGACCUUGAAAGGGCCCAAUGACUUCAAACUGGAGGAUUUCUAUGCAGCUUCCAGUGAACUCUUCGAACCCUACUAUGGUGAGGGUGGAAUUGAUGGAGAUGGAGAUAUUACGCGACCAGAGAACAUCACAGCUUUUCGAAAUUUUGUUUUGGAUAACACAGAUCGCAAGGGUGUACACUUUAUGAUGGCUGAUGGGGGCUUCUCUGUAGAGAAGCAAGAAAAUCUGCAGGAAAUCCUCAGUAAGCAGCUAUUGCUAUGCCAGUUUCUUACAGGGCUGUCUGUUAUCCGCACAGGAGGCCACUUUGUCUGUAAAACCUUUGAUUUGUUCACACCAUUCAGUGUGGGACUCAUAUAUCUGCUGUACACCUGCUUUGAACGUGUGUCUCUUUUUAAACCUGUCACCAGCCGACCUGCCAACUCAGAGAGGUAUGUGGUGUGUAAGAGCUUGAAGUCUGGGAUUGAUGACGUGCGGGAAUACCUCUUCAAGGUAAACAACAGGCUCAAUCAGCUUCGGAAGAGUGAACUGGAUGUCAACCUUGUUGUUCCCCUGGAUGUGAUCAAGGGAGACCCUGAAUUCACUGACUACAUGAUCCGAUCCAAUGAGAGCCACUGCAGCUCACAGAUCAAAGCCCUGGCCAAAAUUUAUGCCUUUGUCCAAGACUCGACUCUUAGUGAACCACGCCAGGCAGAAAUCCGAAAAGGCUGCCUUCAACUUUGGGGGAUUCCAGAUCAAGCCAGAGUUGCUCUCUCUUCUUCAGAUCCAAAGUCUAAAUUUUUUGAAUUAAUAAAGGGCACCGAUAUUGAUAUCUUUAGCUAUAAGUCUACUCCACUCAACAACAAAACCCUGGAUAAGAUUCGCUGUGUUCUGGACUACCGCUGCAUGGUGUCAGGGAGUGAGCCGAAGUUUCUCAUUGGCUUAGGGAAAUCCCAGAUCUACACAUGGGAUGGCCGCCAGUCAGACCGUUGGACAAAACUGGACCUCAAGACAGAGCUGCCCCGGGACACACUGCUCUCAGUGGAAAUUGUUCAUGAACUGAAAGGCGAGGGCAAGGCUCAGAGGAAGAUCAGCGCAAUCCACAUUCUUGAUGCACUGGUGCUGAAUGGCCAUGAUAUUCGGGAGCAGCAUUUUAACCAACGGAUUCAGCUUGCUGAGAAGUUUGUAAAAGCCGUUUCUAAACCCAGUAGGCCUGACAUGAACCCCAUCAGGGUAAAGGAGGUGUACAGACUAGAAGACAUGGAGAAAAUUUUUGUCAGGUUAGAAAUGAAAGUCAUCAAGGGAUCACAUAAUAUGCUGCGACUAAGCUACACCGGACGGGAUGAUAGACAUUUUGUGCCCACUGGCCUUUACAUUGUCAGGACUACGAAUGAACCCUGGACCAUGGCAUUCAGCAAAAGCUGUAAGAGGAAGUUUUUCUUCAACAAGACAACAGGAUUUUCUACCUAUCAAAUGCCUCUGGAUGCCAUCGCUCCAUUUCACAUCUGCUACUAUGGACGCCUCUUCUGGAAGUGGGGCGAUGGUGUCCGAGUACAUGACUCUCAGAAGUGCCAGAAUCCUGAGGAAUUGUCUAAGGAUGACAUCCUCUCCUUCAUUCGGGUACACAGUGUCUGAGGAUCCAGCCCAGGAGAUCAUGGCCACCCCUGAGGACCCUUCGCUACUGUCUGAGGAAGGAGGGAGGGGGCUGAUUGUUCUGUUUGGAGCAAGAAAACAGUCAGCAGAUAAGACAGGUCUCUUCCUCCUUAGAGGAGAAAGAGUGGCAUUCAGUGCACAUCAAGGACAGGGUCUAUGACCCUUUCACCCCUGCUUAUCCUGGGUUAUAUCCUUCCCUUCCCCUAGAACACUUGUGAGUAUUAGGGAGGAGCUAAGGAAGUUGGCAUUGGUUUUGCUCCUGGUGUAGCCCUUUCAAUUCCCAUCUCCAGGAGGACAUGAUGGGAACUUUAUCGUUUAGGGGUAUGGUCUAGAAUGUUUGGAUCAUUAAAGGGUCAGUUCCUGAGUAUGUUGGCUGGCUUGGGGGCAGAGGUGGAUUUUUUAAGGAGCCUGAUGAGAUAUUGCUGAAGCCUCAGAGCUCCUGGAGUUUAUUGCACGUCUCUUGCUCUGAUCAUGGCCUCCUGUUUGGGCUUUUCUGGGAGUUCUUCACUUUCUGCUAAGUAGCUGAGCUACUCGGGGAGGGUGAUGGGCAGAGGAAGAAAGACUAUGACUGUUAGACACAAAAGUCCUUAUAUCUACCCCUUGCCCUUGACAGCCCUUAGAACCUGAUCGCUGACAUAUUUUUUCCUUUUUUUUUCCCCACCUCAAUGUGAAUAUCCAUUAGAAUAUCCAGAGCCUUCUUUCUAGAACUGCCUCCUACUCCUUCCUCAUUUCCAGUCCAAAUCUGAGUAAGACAGCUCUUAAAAAUUGAAGUAGCUGCCAAAUGUUGCCCAGCCAUCUUGUCUAAGAAACAGUGGUUUUGCCUAUACUUUGGAAGAAUAUCUUUUAACGUGGAUGAAGGGAUCAGGCCCAUCUCUAUGGGAUACUCUCCUGCCAUAAUUUGAUGCCCAGCAUGGGGGCUUGAUCUAGGUCUCUAUGUGUUGCCAAAGAUAAGAUGCUGGAGGCUUUGAGUGCAGUUUCUCAGGCCCGAGAUCAUCCCCUUCCCCUGGUUUCCACCCCCCAAGAAAAGACACAACUUGCUUCCAUGUUUUCUCCUAACCAGAGGGAUUAGGGACCCUAGGUCCUCAGUGGAAGAAGGAAGCAUGUCUAUUUGAUAAGAAAAACAUCAUUUCUCAGAACUGGUAAUAUAGUACCCUCUGCCUUCCCUGGGUCCAGGCUGGAGGGCCAGAAGUCAAGAUUCCUUGUGUUGGGGCUUGUUUCUAUGGUGAUAGGCAGAAAGUUGCAGGGGGGUGGGGGGAAAUGUCUCCACUGUGUCCAUGGGGUGGACCAACAGUCUUCCUCUAUCCUGCAUUUUUAGUAGUAGCCCUGCCUACAAAGGUAGUUUAUUUUCAUCCAAUACAGGGUUAGGGGUGUGUGUAUGUGUCUCAUGGCGCCUUGGAUCAUUAAAGGAAAAAGAUAUUUUUAAAA